AUGCCUCAAGAUAUGCCGCCCGUGGGGGGAUACCAGGCUGUGCAGUACAAGCGCAACCUGCCCGCCCGUGGAUUCCGCCCCGGCACGAUGUUGCUCGGUAUGGGCCUUGUGAUGGGAUACGGAUGGUACCACUUGAUCAAGGGUAUCCGGGAAGCCAACGAGCUCGCGAGAGAGAAGAUGUGGGCGCGCAUCCACCUCAUCCCCCUCCUCCAGGCCGAGGAGGACCGCGACCAGGUCCGCAGGUGGUACGCCGACCAGUCGAGAGAGAAGGAGCUUUUGGGCGAGAACACCAAGGUCUACCACUCUGACAGAUUCGUCCGUCCUACUUUCGCUGUUGCGCCGCAGACCAAGAACUAG